CUGUCGAGCCUCACUAGCCAGAUGAAGCUAGCUGGCUGCUUAUAAUGGAAGCUUUGGGCAACAGAGUUAAGUAGCUGGCUAGCUGUUUAUGUUCAUGAACUGAAGUGCAAUUUCAAUAGGCGAACAACAAGUGGCAACCUAGCUAAUACUUACUCACAAGGACUGCUAAGAAUAAUGAAAAUGACUGCAGUUUCUACUGGUCAUUGUUUUCAGGCUGGUUGUAUUGGUGCCAGCUAGGUACCAAGCUAAAGCUAGCUACCCAAGAAGUUGCGGUAGAACAAAUGACGCUUUAUUACCAACGCGGUAUUGUAAACACAUAGUUCGUGGCCAGUGUUUGCUUGUUUGCAUACUUUUUGUACAACAUUGACAGUGCUACUGUAUCUUUUUUGACAAGCAAAGACCCAAACGGCCUUCCAUAAACGCCGUUCCAUAGAAAUCCUUGUUGAGAAUGAAACGACUGAACAAGGAAACAGCACAGCAAGAUGACUAGAAUUGUCUGAGGCCGGUAACAUCAACAGUGAGGACAAACCCAGCCUGCCUCUCUCCUUCCACACUGAGUCCAAACCUACAGUCACUGGGUCCUGAUUGUGACAGUGGAGCCCAGUUUGUACUGCAGGAUCCAGAGAUGGCAUCAGUGAAGCUGGAAGACUGCAGUCAAACACUGGUGCUGAAUGUCAACAUUAAAGAUGAAGAAGAGGAGGAGAAGAUUGGGACAUCUGUUUCUCAUGGGAGUUUUUCAUGGCCACUGUGCUUCUACAUCUGCAUUGCUUGCUCUUUGGGGAUUUCAGGAGACCAUGUUGAGACUUUCUCUACAUCCAGAGAGCAUCAGCAGGAAGAUCACAGAGCGAAGAGGUCUCACCACUGGCCACAUUGUGAGGAGAUUUUCCCAUUUCUAUCAAAGCUAAAAAUACACCUAAAAAUACACACAGGAGAAAAGCCUUACUCCUGCUCUGACUGUGGGAAAUGCUUCAAAACAUCAACUAAGCUAAAAGUUCAUCAGAGAACACACAAAGGAGAGAAGCCUUACUCCUGCUCUGACUGUGGGGUGAGUUUCUCUCGUUCGGACACCUUAAAACAACAUGAACAUAUACACACAAGAGAGAAACCUUACUCCUGCUCUGACUGUGGAAAUAGUUUCUCUCAACUGGGCCACUUAAAAACACAUGAACGUAUACAUUCAGAAGUGAAGCCUUUCUACUGCUCUGACUGUGUAAAAUGCUUCAAAACGUCAACUGCGCUAAAAGUUCAUCAUGGAACACACACAGGAGAGAAACCUUACUCCUGCUCUGACUGUGGAAAGAGUUUCUCUCAACUGGGCACCUUAAAAAUCCAUGAACGUAUACACACAGGAGAGAAGCCUUACUCCUGCUCUGACUGUGGGGCGAGUUUCUCUCUACUGGGCACCUUAAAAAAACAUGAACGUAUACACACAGGAGAGAAGCCUUACUCCUGCUCUGACUGUGGGGCGAGUUUCUCUCGUCCGGACACCUUAAAACGACAUGAACAUAUACACACAGGAGAGAAGCCUUACUCCUGCUCUGAUUGUGGAAAGAGUUUCUCUCAACUGGGCCACUUAAAAACACAUGAACGUAUACAUUCAGAAGUGAAGCCUUUCUACUGCUCUGACUGUGUAAAAUGUUUCAAAACAUCAACUGAGCUGAAAGAUCAUCAGAGAACACACACAGGAGAGAAGCCUUACUCCUGCUCUGACUGUGGAAAGAGUUUCUCUCAACUGGGCACCUUAAAACAACAUGAACGUAUACACAAAGGAGAGAAGCCUUACUCCUGCUCUGACUGUGGGGCGAUAUUCUCUCGACUGGGAACCUUAAAAAAACAUGAACGUGUACACACAGGAGAGAAGCCUUACUCCUGCUCUGACUGUGGGGCGAGUUUCUCUUGUCUGGACACCUUAAAACAACAUGAACAUAUACACACAGGAGAGAAGCCUUACCCCUGCUCUGACUGUGGAAAGAGUUUCUCUCAACUGGGUCACUUAAAAACACAUGAACGUAUACAUUCAGAAGUCAAGCAUUACUACUGGUCUGACUGUGUAAAAUGCUUCAAAACAUCAACUGAGCUAACAGUUCAUCAGAGAACACACACAGGAGAGAAGCCUUAAUCCUUCUCUGACUUGGGAAGUGUUUCUCUCGAAUGUGCCAUUUUAAAAGACACCAAGGUAAACAUAAGAGAGGAGCCUUGUCACUGAUCUGACUAUAGAAUAUGUUAACCUUUUAGCUCAGCUGUUCUUUUAUCAGAGAAAAGACACAGGAGAGAAGCCUUACUUCUGCUCUCAAUGUGGCAAGAGUUUUUCCCAAUUGGGCAAAGUAAAAACACACCAACGGAUACAGACUUGAGAGAAGCCUUAUCACUGCACUGACUGUGAGAAGAGAUUCUACAGAUUGGGCCAUUUAAAAAGACACCAAUGUAUACAUAAAGGAGAGAAGCCUCUUCAGUUCUCUCAGACCAGCUAAGAUUAGACACUCCACUUCAUUCUCAUGUCAUUAAAUAAUUGGCAACGUUGAAUUGGAUCAAAAGAAGUAAGCGUAGAACACUCCAUUGUAAUCCUAUAGUUUCUCACUGAGAGAACUGUGCAGACGAAAGGGAGCAUUAUAGAAUGUUAGCCUCGCUUUACUUAACUGACAAGGUGCACACUGAUCAGUAUUGGUGUGUUUUGUUAGUUUCUACUGUAAAGACAUUGAGAUUACCUUACGGUUGAAUAUCCUCUGUGAGGCGUCUCACAAUGGAGUCUGAUGGGUGACUGGGUGGCACUGAUUCCCUCUGCAGUUUUCUGUGGGAAUGAGCUGGUCGACACAACAUACUCUGAGUGUACAAAACAUUAUAGAGACCUGCUCUUUCUUUCCAUGACGUAGACUGACCAGCUGAACCCAGGUGAAAAGCUAUGAUCCUUAAUAGUGUAGUUGUUGUGUAUUUAUUAUGGAUCCCCAUUAGCUUUCAGCAGAAAACAAGAGACUGCAGUUGCAGUGGGCUAAGGAAUGAAAACACUGGAUAAAUUGGGAACAUAUUGCCUGGUCUGAUGAAUCCCUGUUCCUGCUGUUUCACACUGAUAGGAGGACUAGGGUAUGGAGGAAACCACGAGUACAACAUUGCAGGCUGGUGGUGGUGGUGGUGUGAUGGUGUGGAGUGUGUUUUCAUGCCACACAUUGGGUUCCUUGUUAAAAGUGGAGCAACGUUUGAAUGCCACAGGAUUUGUAAACAUCAUUGCCAAUCAGGUGCCUCCCUUCAUGGCAGCAGUGUAUCCAUCUGCAAAUAGAUUUUUUGGGCAGGAUUAUGCCACAAGGCUUGUCCAGGAAUGGUUCCAAGAACAUGACAGUGAAUUCAUCUUACUGCAGUGGCCUGCCGAGUCACCAGAUCUCAAUCUGCAUCUGUGGGAGGAGAUGGAACAACCUUUUCGUAGUAGAGAUCCACUCCCAGCCAACUUGACACAAUUGUGGGAAGCAUUGGAGUCAACAUGGACCAGCAUCCCUGUGGAAUGCUCUCAACACCUUGGAGAGUCCAUCCACGAUGAAUUGAGGCUGUUCUGAGGACAAGGGGGGGGGGGGGGCUGCAACUCAAUAUUAGGAAGGUGUUCCUAAUGUUUUGUAUACUGACUUUAUAUCAGAUAAAGAUGGUGUGAUGAUUAGUUUUCAGCAUUAGUUUGGGUGGAUUAUUUUAUAUUACUAAACAACUUUUGUUUAAUGAUAAACAGGCUACUUGUGUUUAUUAAAUUGUAUUUUAAUACUA